AAUAGGGCGAGUGGCCGUGGCGCGAGAACGCGCGGGCCGGGGGCGCGAGCCGGAGACGGUUGAGCCGUUGGAGCCCCUUCCCCCCACUUCCGGUCCUAUCCCGGUCCAGACGAAGACAGGAAGAGGCUUUGGCGCGGCCAUGAAGGCAGGGGCGACCUCCAUGUGGGCUUCCUGCUGCGGGCUGCUGAAUGAGGUCAUGGGGACGGGAGCCGUUCGCAGCCAGCAGCCCGGAUUCGGAAGCGGAGCGAACCCCUUUCGGUUCGCGCCAAGCACGGACUUCACUGUCUAUUCCUCGGCGGCGGCAACAGGAGCGAACCCUACCCUCUGCAAAUCUUGUGGCCUUUCUUUCUCCGUAUUCAGGAAAAAGCACGUGUGUUGCGAGUGCAAGAAGGAUUUCUGCUCGGUGUGCUCCGUCUUGCACGAGAACCUCCGGCGGUGCUGCACCUGCCAGUUGCUGCAGGAGACGGCCUUCCAGCGGCCGCAGCUAAUGCGCUUGAAAGUCAAGGACCUGCGCCAGUACCUGCUCCUCAGGAACAUCCCCACGGAUACCUGUCGGGAAAAGGAAGACUUGGUCGACCUCAUCCUCCGCCAUCACGGAUUGGCCUCCGAGGAGGAGACGGACACUAGCAGUUUGUACUCCACGCGGUCGCAGGCAUCCAGCUUGUCCACCCAGCACGUGUCUCUCUCUGGAUCGGUGUCCUCCUCCCAGGGAGACCUCGCCAACCGGCAGGAAAACGCGGGCAAUGAAACGCAGCUCCAGGGGCCAAGCGAAAGACUUUCGGCAGAUCUGGGGGCGGAGGAAGACCACGCAGCACAAGAAACUCCGGGCCAGUCCAGGAAGCGUGCCAGGGCCUCGCUGUCCGAUAUUUCCAGCCUGGAUGACGUGGAAGGGCUGACCGUCCGGCAGCUGAAAGAAAUCCUGGCUUGUAACUUUGUCAACUAUUCGGGAUGUUGCGAAAAAUGGGAACUGGUAGAAAAAGUCAGCCGGCUCUACAGGGAGAACCAGACGAAUCAUCGGCUGCAAGGAGAAAAGCCUCCACUGACAGACGAGGACGAUAACCUCUGCCGGAUCUGCAUGGACGCGGUCAUCGAUUGCGUGCUGCUGGAGUGCGGCCACAUGGUCGCCUGCACCAAGUGCGGCAAGCGCAUGAGUGAGUGUCCAAUCUGCCGCCAGUUCGUCGUCCGGGCCGUUCACGUCUUCAAGUCCUGAGCGGCUGGGCUCAGUCCCCACUGGAAGCUUCCCGCUGCACAUUUCCUCCCGAGACGGCCACGUGGGGGGAGGCUCUGGAAAGCCUCCGUUCCAAUCAAUUCAUAGCAUCCCCGACCGGGAGCUUAGGAGCUUUGACCGAUUGUAUUUCUGCUUUGCAAGUCAGAAGCCUCUUAAAGAUAGAGAUGUGUGAACUGGAAUGCUUUUCCUUUUGGUUUUUAUUUUUCCGAGACACACACAUACACACACACACACACACAAAAAAAAAAACCUGCGGCAAGACUCGAGUUCAAGAGUCGAGCUUGCAGGAGGAGAUUCAAUGCUUCCGAUUGCUCUCUUCUGAAAAAUAGCACAAAAAAAUGAGAAAAGACGAAGGAGAGCCGAGUUCAACCUUUUCAGAGAGCAACGGGACGAAGCAGAGUCUUCCCUGGGGGGCGUUUGUGGGUGGGCUGGCAGAGCAGUUCUUGUGCCAAUCACCCAGAGUGUGUCAGCCCACCUGGUGAUCCACAGUAGCCUUAAUGGAAAGAGUUGAAAGCUGCCUUUUACAGUCUGCAUCAGGGAAAGAGCGAGAGCGAGCCAGUGAGUCACUUUGUAUCUCCGUUCCGACACCCUUAAAACGUCCUUGGAUUCAGAACGGGAAAAGUCGAAUUUACAUUCUCACCUUGAGAACGUUGACCAGGAUUUGUCACGUUGACCUGGCCUCCUGGGUCACCAAAAAGCGAUGCUGCAUUGCAUGCAACAAUCCCUAAAGCAACACAGGCAUUGAAAAAUAUUUUAAAAAGCACUGUAUGAAUUUAAAAUAUACAAACCACGCCGAGAUGGUAACAACUACGUUGAAUGUCUAGUUCCCUGGGACCCCCCCCCCUAACCAGGUCGUGGGGGGUGGUGGUGCUCCAUAGGAUAGGUGCCUUGAUAGAGAAAAGUUUGGAUGGACUGCCUACCAAACGGACAGCUCCAACCCUCUUCUGAAACUGGUUCCAUCAGCUGCUGAGGGUGGGCCGAUCUAGUAGAUCCAGCCAGCCUGCCUGCCUAUAGUAGAUGGGAGGCCCCCAGGGCCUCCUGGACAUCAGGAUCUGACCACAAGCAAUGAAUUUCAUGCUAGGAUUCAUCGGAGCCAUUGCUCUGAUUGGCAACUUCAGGUCCUUGAUCCCAGUUCCAUGUCGGGCUCUGGAUGACUUGAGAGAUAAGCCCACCCUUGUUCCCACUGUCCUCUCCACCCCCACCAGCUGGUAGAGCCCCUCACUUCUCACGCACCAACUGCCCCUCUUUCUCCCCACCUCUUCCAGGAGAAAUUGGUCUGUUCAGUGGCGCCCAGCAAACGGGGCUCUGCUUCCUUUUUGCUCCUAAAGGGCAAAGCGAAGUGAUCUCCAUGUGGGAGGGGGUCUACGGUAGUCUACCCCUUUGCUGUAGCCCCUCCCCCCUGCACCCAGCCAGCCCUCAAACUCCCAAAGUCCACAGAAAUAAAGGCAUUCAGGAAGGAAGCAGGUAAUGAAAGCCACUGAGAUGAUUAUUAUUAUUUGUAAAACCAGGUCCAAGAGCAACCAAUUGCAAUCUUGCUUAUUUAACCCUACUGCUUGGGGGGGGGGGGGUUUCCUAAGAUUAUCAGUUCUGCCAUGGUCUUUCUUGCCUAGCAACACAUUGCAGUGGCUCUACAAUGGUUUCUUAAAAGAGAUUUGCGGUCCCCAAAUAGCUGAGAUGAGUGAAAGGCGUCCUCCACCCCACUCCACCCUGCC